AUGGUCUUCAUCGACGUGGACCUGUCCCGGGCGCAGCGGCUCGCGAUCUUCGGCACCGUGCGCGGGAGGCGCGGCUCCGAGCUGAAGGUGCUGAGUGCUGUGGAGACCAAGAUGCAAGGGUACUUCGCGAGGAUCCGCAGCGAGGUUAUCAAUCGGGACAAGUACAAAGACCCGACGGGCACUUGGGGCACGGACACCAUGCAGUUCCGCGACGAGGGCGAGAUAUCAUACGCUCUGGGGAAGCAGGGCGGCACCCGCCGGAAACUGGAGCGGUCCUCUGGGGCGAUCAUCCAGUACGUCGGCAUGGAGACUGUCUGCUCCGGCACGAAGGCGGAGCGAAACCGCGCCAGGGACUACAUGAAGUGGCUCUUCCAGCAGCUUGAGGGCCCAGUGUAUGUGUGGGGCUGGGAGAACCGCGACGACUGCACUGUUGUCGACAUUCCUACGGAUUGUAUCGGCUACAUCACCGGGAACCGCCGGGCCACGCUCGGCGUCAUGGAGGAGGAGUGGGGAACUCUGAUGUUCUUCAUGAACGAAUCCGAGGAGAAGGGCCGCGGCCGCGGUGGCACCGAGAAGCUGGCCAUCUUCGGGCCGGAGCGGCCGCGGCGCGGCUCCGAGCUGAAGGUUAUGAGCGGCAUCGAGACCAAGAGCCCCGGGUUCUUCACGCGCGGCAUCCGGGAGAAGUCAUCAGACUUCCCGGGUUUCGACACCGACCGCAUGUUGUUUCGAGAUGAAGAGGUGAGCUACGCGCUUGGGAAAGAUGGGGCGACGCGCAAGAAGUUGGAGAUGGCGUCGGGCGCCAUCUUGCAGUACGUCGGGCACGUGGCGUUCAUCGCCGGGACGCUGGCGGAGCGGCGCCGCUGCAAGGAGUUCAUCCAGUGGUUGUUGCAGCAGCGCCGAGGCAGCGUGACAAUCUCGGACAUAAAGGACCGGGACGACGUGACAGAAGUGCACAUCCCCUCCAACUGCAAGGGCUGGGUCACCGGGAACCGCGGCAGCGAGCUGCGGCGCAUGGAGCAGGAUACGGGGACGUACAUGUUCAUGGCUCUGGACGCCAAGGGCGAAGAGCGAUUGCUCAUCUUCGGUGUAAACCCGGGCAGCAAGAUCAGGGAGGGCGGCCGGCUGCACGCGGAGAGGAUGGUGGACGAAAUGAUACAGGAGAAGCUGCGCGACGACGAGCGGCGCGGCGGCGGCCGCAGGAGGACGCGCUCCUCCAGCAGCGAGGACUCGCGGCGCUCGCGGAAGCGCAGGGACUGA